CAGCAGACACAUUUUGGCUUCCCUCGGGCCUGGAAGCUUUUCACAGCUGACUCAAAGAUGAUCUUUUUUCCUUUUGGAUGAUAAAUUGAGGUUUAAGGACUUGGUGACGCUGUAUGAACCAAAGCUGAUGACCUGACAGAGGACUUGGAAAUAUCUCAGCUUUUCUACACAUUCAGUGCCGGCACAUUGUCCUCAAUCUGUCAAGUGGAGAACCAAACUCAGUGUGAGAGGCACAGCCGGACAGUAACAGAGACUGUUAUUCGUCACCAUUACAGGCCGUGUGGACCGCGUGAUUUACUGACCCCACUGGUCUGUAGUGGUCCCACCAUGGGGAAGACUGGGAAGAGUACAGUGGACUCAAACUCCCCAACAGAGGUCAAACAAGCAGUUCCUUUUGAGGAGCUGGAUAUUGUGGCGCCCCCUGGUGAUGAAAAGAAGGACAAAGAAGAGCCACCUGACAGGGGAAGCUGGAAGGGAAAGUUUGAUUUCCUCCUGUCAUGUGUGGGAUACGCCAUAGGCCUAGGAAAUGUCUGGAGGUUCCCUUAUCUUUGUGGCAAGAAUGGAGGAGGGGCCUUUCUGAUCCCCUACUUUUUGACCUUGGUGUUUGCUGGGAUACCUCUCUUCUUCCUGGAGACGUCUCUUGGACAGUUCACCUCAGUGGGAGGAAUGGGAGUGUGGAAACUAGUCCCUAUGAUGAAAGGUGUUGGUAUAGCUUCAGUGGUUCUGGCCUUCUGGCUGAACAUCUACUAUAUUGUCAUCAUCGCCUGGGCACUCUACUACUUAUUCAACUCCUUUGGUUCGGAGCUGCCUUGGCAAAGUUGUGAUAACCCUUGGAAUACAGAAAAAUGUUUUUGCAACUACAGCCUCACAGACACCACCAACCUGACCAGUGCUGUCACCGAGUUCUGGGAGCGUAACAUGCACCAGUUGUCCAGUGGGCUGGAGGAGCCAGGAGAGCUGCGCUGGCCCUUAGUGGGCACCCUUGGGCUGGCCUGGAUCCUGGUCUACUUCUCAAUCUGGAAAGGAGUGGAGUGGACAGGAAAGGUUGUGUACUUCUCAGCCACCUAUCCCUACAUCAUGCUGGUCAUCCUGUUCUUCCGUGGGGUCACUCUGCCUGGAGCCAUAGAUGGGAUCCGCUUCUACAUCACUCCAGACUUCAAUAAGCUCAUCCGCUCUGAGGUGUGGCUGGACGCAGCAACUCAAAUCUUCUUUUCUUACGGACUGGGCCUGGGCUCGCUCAUCGCACUGGGGAGCUACAACCCCUACAACAACGAUGUAUACAAGGACUCCCUCAUAGUGUGCGGUAUCAACUCCUGCACCAGCAUGUUCGCUGGCCUUGUCAUCUUCUCCAUUGUAGGCUUCAUGUCCCAUAUCACUAAGAAACCAGUCGCUGAAUUAGCAGCAUCAGGUCCAGGUCUGGCCUUUUUAGCGUAUCCUCAGGCCGUCACCCAGCUGCCCAUGUCCUCUCUGUGGGCCAUCCUCUUCUUCUCCAUGCUCAUGAUGCUGGGCCUGGACAGUCAGUUCUGCACAGUGGAAGGCUUCAUCACAUCUCUGAUGGAUGAGUAUCCCAUGCUGCUGAGGAAGAGGAAGAAGCUCUUCAUCCUCGGUGUCUGCCUCGUCUCCUUCAUCAUCGGCUUCUCCAACAUAACACAGGGUGGUCUGUACGUGUUCAAGUUGUUUGAUUACUACUCUGCCAGUGGGAUGUGUCUCCUCUACCUCGUCUUCUUUGAAACCGUUUCCAUUUCCUGGAUCUACGGAGCUGAAAGGUUUUACAAGGACAUUGAGAGCAUGAUCGGCUAUAGGCCAUGUGGCUGGUGGAUGCUCUGUUGGAAGUACUUCACUCCGCUGAUAUGCCUGGGAGUGUUUACCUUCAGUGCCAUUGAGAUGACCCCUCUGACCUUGGGGAAGUAUGUGUACCCGAUGUGGGGCCAGGUGAUUGGCUGGUUCAUGGCUUUGUCUUCCAUGAUUCUGAUCCCGGGCUAUCUCAUCUACAUGUUCUGUGUCACCAAGGGCAGCAUCAAACAGCGUUGGCGAAAGAUGAUAACACCGCGGGAUGAUGAGAAGCCAUCGGGGCAUGAAGAAUUCACACACACAGGGAGCGUGGGCGAAGCUCGUGUCUAGCCAGGAUCGUUCAGGUUGAAGUAAUUCCCAUCUGCCAGGACUUACUAUAGUCAACAUUGAAUUUGACAAUUGAACAGAUGGAGUCUUGUACAACAAUUUACAAUCAUUUCUUUCUCCAUCAUACAUGUUAUGGAAAACUGGAAAAUGUGGGGACACUUUUUAAAAAUAAAUGUAGAAUAUAGAAUAUUUCCUGUUGCAAUAAAAGAGUAAACUCUGAUUGAAUGUUAUAGAUCAGCAUUGAACCUGUGUACAUAUAUCACAAAUAUGCCAUUCAUGUGACUGUAUAUCUUUCUCCUAUACUUGUAUAUUUUCUCUUCCAUUCAACAAAACCACUGUCUUGGUCUAAAAGCUUACCACACAUGUCUUGAAUGUGUUGUACAGAAACAUAACACAAAUCUGGUAAAACUUGAUUCGAGAUGUAAAACUGUAAUGCAUCAAAAAUGGUUUGCUUGUGGUAGCUUAAAGAACCAACCAACCAGCCACUGUGAUAUCUUUUCCGGCAAUAAAAUAUA